AUGGCACGCAGGCCUGUAGAUCCAGCGGGUGCAGAACUGCAGAUCCAACUGUGCAAGGGAGGAAGACUGCACGAAGAAUAUGAGCCCCUCCUCAGAUCUAGAUCAACAGAGGCAACGUGCAGUGGAAGUGUACAUGAACAUCAGGUUAUUCACACCAAAAAGAGGAAUAGAUUAGAGCACAAGAGGCUAAAUAAAUUGGUUCAUGUCAGUUACAACAAAAAGAUGACAAAUAUGUUUCAAAAAAUUCGAGAACUUGGUUGCAAAGGAAAGAGGAGCAGCCCUCUCUUGCUAGAAGAGUUUCAGUGGGACAGUGAAUGGGUUGAUGAGAAUUGUGGGGAGCUGCCUUGGGCUGUUGUGGAUGAAGCUAUUGGUGCAUCUGAGAAUCUAAGGGCUCGCAACUUGCCUAGGGUUGCUGCUAGCCGUGCUGUAGCCACUGUCCAGAAGACCUAUACUAGGAACAGGAAGCAUCGUAGGGGGACUUCUGCAGCACAAGAUAUAUCUGGAGGUGAAGAAGAUGAUAGUGACCAUGAUGCUGAUGCAAGAAAUGAAGACCAAGAAGAUCAAGAUGCAUCUGAUCCUGUGGCACCAAUGGAGGAGGAUGAAGACCCCCAUGGAUGUGCAACAGAUAGAGAUGGAGGAGGUUUUUGUGUAGAUGGCACUCUACUUGAGUAG